AUGAAAAACAGAGCAACGGCGAAUGCACUCAGUGGCGGGGCCUAUUUUGUAUUGUUGUUUUGUGUCUCGGAUAUGGUCAUCGGACAAAUUCGCUACUCUGUUCUAGAGGAAUUAGAGAUCGGUGCCUAUGUCGGAAACAUCGCUGAGGAUUUAAGGAUAGGCGUCCGGGAAUUAUCAGCUCGGAAGUUUCAACUAUUUUUUGAUGAUGUGAAGCAAUAUUUCGAGGUAAAUAUGGAAAAUGGGAUUUUAUUUGUCAAUGAAAGAAUUGAUAGGGAACAGCUUUGCUCGAAACGGCCUACCUGUUCCAUAUAUUUAGAACUCGCGCUCGAAACUCCAUUCGAGGUUUUUCCUGUUAAAGUAGAAAUAUUAGAUACAAAUGACAAUUCGCCAAUUUUUCCGACAAGACAGUUAGUAUUGCAGGUCUCUGAGUCAUCUUCACCAGGCACACGUUUCCCUCUCGAGAGCGCGCAGGAUCCCGAUGUGGGUACAAACACUAUCAGCACUUACCAGAUUAGUUCAAACGACUACUUCGGCCUCACUAUGCAGACACGAAACGAUGGUCGAAAAAUUGCUGAACUGAUGUUGACAAAGCCAUUGGACCGCGAAGAGCAAUCAUCCUUUGAACUGAUAUUGACAGCUGCUGAUAGUGGGGUCCCACAAAGGUCUGGCACAGUUCAGAUUGUCAUUACUGUAACGGACGUUAAUGAUAAUGCACCUGUAUUCGAUCACGGCAUAUACAGGACAAGUGUCUUCGAAAAUACACCGAAGGGUACAUUGGUUGUGAAAUUACACGCAAUUGAUUUAGACGCAGGGACAAACGCUGAGUUCAAAUAUUCCUUUAGUAAUUAUGCCUCACAAAGUGCGCGCGAAUUAUUCAAUUUUGACCCGGAAAGUGGAGAGAUCAGAGUUCAAGGUUCACUGGAUUACGAAAAAUCAGAUAUUUACGAGGUCGAUGUACAGGCUGUUGACAACGCUCCAAACGUGGGACAUGCUAAAGUUUUGGUUACAAUUGUUGACGUGAAUGAUAACGCACCCGAGAUAAAACUAACUUCAGUUAUCAAGAUGGUGCCCGAAGAUGCUGCACCAGGUACUCUGAUUGCUGUAUUCAGUAUCUUGGAUAGAGAUUCAGGGGAGAAUGGGCAAGUGCGAUGUCAGAUUCCCAGCAAUGUGCCAUUCAAACUUGAAACCACGUUGAAGAAUAACUACAAGUUAGUGACCGCUGAUGUGCUGGAUCGCGAAACGACUGCACUUUAUAACUUACUAAUAUCAGCAUGGGAUGCUGGGUUGCCCGCUCUGUCUUCAAACAAUACCAUCACGUUUUCGGUUUCUGAUAUAAAUGACAACGUUCCCAGGUUUAUGCAGACUUCAUAUGACGUGUACCUGACGGAGAACAAUACUCCUGGUGUACCUAUUUUUUCAGUUACCGCACUGGAUCCUGAUAUGGACCGGAAUGGAGACGUUUCCUAUUCUAUUCUGCAGAAUGCGAUACAAGGUGGAGCUGCGCCUGAUUACUUUACUAUUAACUCAAAAAAUGGGAAUAUUUAUGCUCUACGCUCUUUUGACUAUGAACAGUUGAAGAAUUUCAAAUUGAAAAUCCAAGCUCAAGAUGAUGGAUCUCCACGACUGAGCAGCACUGCUGUGGUGAGCAUUAUUAUAUUGGAUCAGAACGACAAUGCUCCCCUUAUUAUUUCACCAUUAAUAUGGAACAGUUCAGCAACAGUAGAUACUUUGCCCCAGUCAAUAUAUCCUGGAUACCUGGUCACUAAAGUAAUGGCUAAUGAUGCAGAUUCAGGUCAGAAUGCACGACUUUCGUACGAACUGACUGACGCCACUGAUGAUAAACUUUUCACUAUGGACCAUUACUCUGGAGAAAUCAGAACAACCCGAAGUUUUACGCAGCAGGACGCUACCACACAAAGAUUGGUGGUCCUGGUGAAAGACAACGGACAACCAAGUUUGUCAAGCAUGGUCACAAUUCUCUUUUCGAUCUCAGUGAACGUCACAGAAUACCAACCUGAAUUUAAUGGCAAUUCUCGUCAGUCUAAAUAUUUCUCGGAUCAAAAUAUGUACUUAAUAAUACUUUUUGCAUCAACAAGCUUCAUAUUUCUUCUAACAAUUAUCCUCCUGGUAGCUUUGAAAUACAAACAAGAGCAAAGUAACUUGCCUAACCAGAGCCCUACAAUUUACUGUUGUUGCAUAGUGAGGAAUUCAGGUGAUGCCUUUAAUCGGAGAUCGGCUCCUAAAGAAUCUGUAAAUUAUCAUGGAGAUGUUCAGUUGUUGCCAUUUUCCGAAACUUAUCGUUAUACGGUUCGCUUAUCGCCGGAAUCCUCCAAAAGCGACUUUUUAUUCCUAAAGGCGUGCCAUCCUACGUUACCUCUGAGCGACAUCACUGUUGGUAAUACCAGCUCAGCCGUGGGAACAGCAUUUACAGCAUGUGGAAGAAUCAUUUACUCAAGACUACAAGAAGCUAAUUUGCUGAUGAACCUGGCUAAAUGUGAAUUUGCAAAAGUGCAAGUUACGUAUCAAGGCCAUAACAUUGGACAUGAUAAAAACAAGACUAAUGAACGGUUAGAAUCUCGUCAGGAAAAGAGCAAUGAGAUUCUGGAACUUCAGGGCAAACUGGAGAAAAUGAAGGGGAAGAUGGGAACUCGGCUCGCUCAAAGCAGAUCCUUUAAGGAGAAGCGCUACACGUUCUUAUUUAUGGAAGAGGAACCCAAGAGGCAACAUAAUGGCAAAAAGCGGAAAUCUGAUAUAUGUAUAACAAUAUCCAGAACGAUGGCGAAUACUGUCAGCGGCGGCGCAUAUUAUAUUUUAGUGCUUUCUAUCUUGGACCUGGUUUUCGGCCAAAUACGCUAUUCUAUUCCCGAGGAACUAGAAAUUGGUGCCUUUGUUGGAAACAUCGCUGACGAUUUAAAGAUAAAUGUUCAGGAGUUAUCAGUUCGGAAGUUUCAACUUCUCUCUGAAGAUGGAAAGAAAUAUUUCGAGGUAAAUGUGGAAAAUGGGAUUUUAAUCGUUAAUGAAAGGAUAGACCGGGAGCAUAUUUGCAUGGAACGCUCCACUUGCUCUAUUUCUUUGGAGCUAGGGGUGGAAAAUCCUGUGGACAUGUUUCCUAUUGAAGUGAAGAUAUUAGAUGUAAAUGAUAAUUCACCGAUUUUUCCGACAAGGAAAAUGGCACUGCAGAUCGCAGAGUCAGUUACACCAGGGACGCGCUUCCCCCUCGAGAGCGCGCAGGAUCCAGACGUGGGCACAAAUACAGUAAGCACUUAUCAGAUUAGUUCGAAUGAACAUUUCGGCCUGGAAAUAAAGACAAUAAACGAUGGUAGCAAAAUAGCUGAACUGUUGCUGGAAAAACCCUUAGAUCGCGAACAACAAUCAUCAUUUGAACUGAUACUAACGGCUAUUGAUGGUGGAAUCCCGCACAGGACUGGCACAGCUCAGAUUAUCAUUACUGUAGCAGACGUUAGUGACAACGCGCCUGUAUUCGAUCAUGAAACGUACAGGGCAAGUGUGGUUGAAAAUGCACCCAAAGGCACAUUGGUGAUUAAACUACACGCAACUGAUUUAGACGAAGGAGCAAACGCUGAGUUCAAAUAUUCAUUUAGUAAUUACGCUUCACAAAGAGAACGCGAGUUAUUCAGUCUGAACGCCGACACCGGAGAGAUUAGAGUUAAAGGUUUACUGGACUUUGAAACGGCCGACCUUUAUGAACUUGAGGUACAAGCUGUGGACAACGCAUUAAAUGUCGGUCAUGCCAAAGUUUUGGUGAGAAUAGUCGACGUGAAUGAUAACGCUCCCGAAAUAAAGCUGAACUCCGUAAGCAAAAUGGUAUCAGAGGAUGCGGCACCAGGCACCGUGGUCGCUGUCUUUCGUGUUACAGAUCGAGAUACUGCGGAAAACGGGCGCGUUCGCUGUCAGAUUCCGCUUAACAUGCCGUUCAAACUUCAAACCACUUUAACGAACCAUUACAAGCUGGUAACCACAGAUAUGCUGGAUCGUGAAACGAUUGAAACGUACAACGUAUCCAUUUCAGCCUGGGAUGCUGGAUCGCCUGCACUGUCUGCAAACAAAACCAUCGCCGUCUUUGUCUCUGAUAUAAAUGACAACGCCCCGCGGUUUACGCAGUCCAAAUACAACUUAUAUUUGAUGGAGAACAAUACUCCGGGUGUAUCCAUUUUUUCGGUAACUGCUCUGGAUGCUGAUUUGGACCAGAAUGGAGACAUCUCCUAUUCUAUGCUGGAGGAUCAGAUACAAGACAUUCCUGCGUCUGCUUACUUUACAAUUAACUCGAAAAGUGGGAUAAUUUACGCGCUGCGCUCCUUUGACUACGAACAACUGAAGAAGUUCCACUUCAAAGUUCAAGCUCAGGAUGCUGGAAUACCGCCGCUGAGCACUACUGCAGUGGUGAACGUUAUUAUCUUGGAUCAAAAUGACAAUGCUCCACUUAUUGUUUCACCACUAACGUGGAACAACACGGCAGAAAUGGUGAUUGUUUCCCAAUCAACAUACCCAGGUUACUUAGUGACUAAGGUAAUUGCUAAUGACGCAGAUUCCGGCCAGAACGCACGGCUUUCUUAUGAGCUGGUUGAGGCUACGAAUCGGAGUCUUGUCACUGUGGGUCAUUACUCCGGGGAAAUCAGAAUUACCCGAACGUUAACGGCAAAGGACAUCACUGCACAGAGAUUAGUUGUCUUGGUGAAGGACAAUGGACAGCCGAGUCUGUCAAGCACUCUCACAAUCCUAUUUACGAUUCAGGCGAAUACUACAGAAAGUCCGGCUGACCAUGUGGAUCAUUUCAAAAACACACAAAAUGCCUCAGAUCUAAAUAUGUAUUUAAUAAUAAUUUUUGGCUCAACAAGCGUCAUAUUUCUUGCAACCAUUAUCUUUCUGAUCGCCCUGAAAUGCAAGAAUGACAGAACUUACACGCGUGACCACAGCCCUUCCAGUUACAGUUGCUGCACGUGGAGAAAUUCCAAUGAUGUAUUUAAUCGUAGACCUGCACCAAAACAAGCUUUGCAUUAUUAUGGAGCUGGUCAGACGCUCCCUGUUAACGAGACUCUUCGUUACACGGUUCGCUUAUCGCCGGAAUCGUCCAAGAGUGAUUUUCUGUUCCUAAAGACCUCCCAUCCUACGUUACCUCUGAGUGACAUCACUGUGCAUGACAACAUUACGAAGAAGUAAUUCAGGCAGUAAAUUUAUUUUUGCGAGCAAUAGGGAAAUGCUUAUGUAUUGACCUGAGCAACCGUUAUCUGACGAACUAAACGUAUAUGUUAAUCAUUCGCAACAUCAACUGACGUAUACCUUGAUGUAAAUCAUAGGGAUAUCUGUUUAAAACUACCUAAGUUGCGAUUUCCUGUGCAAGACGUACUUUAUUCCUUAUCGGUCCCCACAUUUUCUGUCGCUUUGCAUCAAAUGAAAGAAGAGACACACCAGAAAUCUUGAAACAAUAUCUCACGGCACAAGUUUCCACUAAACUAACUGGCUGAGAAGGCAAAUUCAUUUUCUUUUUAAAGACCAAUCUUCUAAAGUAGCUGUCAUCAUGCUUAGGUUCCGCCCAUUGCGUAUUUGUUCACAAAAUGCCGAGUACAAUUGUAUAUACAAAUGUGUUGGAAUGAAAUUCAAUUGCGCGA